UCCACACACACACACUCACCCACGCACUCUCAAGAGCCAGGAGCACAGAGGGAACUUGUGUUAAGCGUGGCGUUCGUACCUGUCUAUUCUCGCCUUCGACACACACACACACACACUCCCACACACACACACGUCUGGAUAUGGGACUUUGCCACCGUUGAGUUUGCUUCUGUCAGAGGGAGUAGCGUUAACACAGAGACAGCUUGUGUGUGUGUUAAAGAGCUUCUGAGCGCAUUCACCGACCUGCAGAGUGGACAUGCCACUUUGGCACAGCCGUUCCCGUAACGCUGACCGCUGAGGACACUUACUCUCUCUGUGUGUGUGGGGGGCAUUUGGGAAGUGGAGAUGUUGUACCUUGAGCGCCCCCUGCUGAUGAGUGUGGAGAACCCAGCAGCGUUCCGGCCCAUGGGCCGUGUGCUGGACAUGGAACCACGUGCAGUGGGAGGAGGAGGAGGAGGAGGAGGAGGAGGAGGAGGGAAGAUGGCCUUGGGGUUCCAGAGGAGCUCCACGUCUGACGACGACUCUGGCUGUGCACUGGAGGAGUACACCUGGGUACCACCUGGACUCAGGCCCGAGCAGGUGCAGCUGUAUUUCUCCUGUCUGCCGGAGGAGAAGGUCCCCUAUGUCAACAGUCCAGGGGAGAAGCACAGGAUACGCCAGCUACUCUACCAGCUGCCCCCGCACGACAACGAGAUCCGGUACUGCCAGUCUCUGGGUGAGGAGGAGAAGCGUGAGCUGCACAUGUUCAGCACUCAGAGGAAGAAGGAGGCGCUGGGCAGAGGAACUCCCAAAGUGCUGCCCCGCACCCUGCAGCACACCAUCUGCCAGCACUGUGGCGAGGGCAUCGGUGGCGGUGAGAUGGCGGUGUUUGCGUCGCGGGCGGGCGCGGGCCCCUGUUGGCACCCGGCGUGCUUUGCGUGCUUCACCUGCCACGAGCUGCUGGUGGAUCUCAUCUACUUCUACCACAAUGGCAAGAUCCACUGUGGACGGCACCACGCCGAGCUCCUCAAGCCUCGCUGCUCUGCUUGUGAUGAGAUUAUUUUUGCAGAUGAGUGUACGGAGGCUGAGGGCCGUCACUGGCACAUGAAACACUUUGCGUGCUUCGAAUGUGAGACGGUGUUGGGCGGUCAGCGCUACAUCAUGAAGGACGGACGGCCGUUCUGCUGCGGCUGCUUCGAGUCGCUCUACGCCGAGUACUGCGAAGCCUGUGGAGAGAACAUCGGUGUGGACCAUGCCCAGAUGACGUACGAGGGCAUCCACUGGCACGCCACGGACAAGUGCUUCUGCUGCGCCCACUGCAAAUCCACCCUGCUGGGCUGCCCGUUCCUGCCCAAGGAGGGCCGCAUCUACUGCUCCAAGGCCUGCAGCCAGGGGGAGGACCUCCACCUGUCCGACUCCUCCGACUCCGCCUUCCAGUCGGCGCGCUCACGUGAGUCCCGCCGCAGCGUGCGCGUGGGCAAGAGCAGCCGGCCCGGCGAACAGGGCCACUACCAGACGCUGCCGGACGGCGGCGCGGUCAUCGGCGGAGGAGGAGGCGGCGGGGGGGUGGUGGUGAUGGAGGGCGUGUGCGAGAAGCUGGCGCAGCUGGAGUUCAGAGACGGGCGUCUGUGGGGGAGGGCCGAGCAGGAGGAGGGGCGGCCGGCGGCCGAGGAAGAGGAGGAGGAGCGAGAGGAGGACGAGGAGGAGUGGGCGCAGCACGAGGACUACAUGACGCAGCUGCUGCUCAAGUUCGGCGAACGCGGCGUCUUCGGACCCGCCGAGGACAACGGCGGCACUGACCCGCGUGGGCGAGCCGGACCCGGCGCAGAGCCGUGGCGGCUGAUGGACUCUUCCGACGCCCACUCUAAACUGGACAUGAAGAUGGGCCAGGGCCAUCAGAACCCACUCCCCAACCAAAACCAGAACCUGCCCCUUCAGAACCACGGGCUGGCCAGCAAGAAGCACCAGGCGGACAUGUACUGGACCCAGUCCCAGGACGGGCUCGGAGACUCGGCCUACGGCAGCCACCCGGGCCCGGCCAGCGCCAGGAAGAUCCAGGAGCUGGAGCUGGACCAGGCCGGUUCUGGGGCCGGGUUCUGGAGCGCCGGCCCCCGGCAGUGGUACGAGGACUCGCUCGAGUGCAUCACGGACGAGCUGAGGGCGGCAGAGCAGAGCGUCGGAGACUCCAUGGACUCACUCGCCCUCUCCAACAUCACAGGUGCGUCAGUGGAAGGCGACAGCAAGGAGCGGCAGGUGCUGUACUCCCUGCAGGGCCUGAAGGGCCCGGAGGAGCCCGACGACUGUGACAAGCUGAGCAACAUGGGCACGCUCAACUCCUCCAUGUUGCACCGUAGCGCCAACUCCCUCAAGAGCCUGGGCUCUGAGCUGGACAACGUGGACGCCGGCCGAGAGGAGGAGGUGGACGAGGAGGAGGAGGACGAGGAGGUGGUGGAGGAGGUGAGGGUGGUGGGGGUGAGGAGCGUGGGGACAGGAGGCGAGGCGCGGCCGCCGGAGGAGAUGGCCUCGCCGGUGCACUUGCCGGUUCUGCGGAGAACCCGCUCGCAGUCGCGGCCGCAGCAGGUGAAGUUUUCCGACGACGUGCUGGACGGUGGCGCGGCGGCCGCGGCGGCGUAUGGGGAGGCGGUGGCCAUGGCGACGCAGCGGCAGGCUCCCAUGAGCGAGCGGCCAAGCCGACGCGUCUACCGCCUGGACGAGCCGGACCGAUGUUCGGUCCAGCUGCGGCAGCCGCACCACUCGCACCACCACCGCAAGCGUCGGCACGGCCGCAAGACCCGCUCGGACAACGCCCUGCACUUGCCCCCGCAAGAAUGCGCCCCCGUACGCCCUCGCUACGACCACCUGGGGGCGCCGUCAGCGGCCGGUCAGCACCAGCACCAGCUGCGGCCUGACCCCAAACCUCGUCUCCACGGUCACCCGGGUCCCCCGCAGCGGCAGCUCUCGUACCCACACACCACGUCCGACUACGCCCUGCAGCACGCGGCUGCCGCACGCGCCGCGCACUUCCGCGGUCUCUACGGCGACGACUACGACUACGAGGACGACGACGACUGGUGCUCCACGUGCUCGUCUUCCUCGUCCGAGUCCGAGGAGGAAGGCUUCUUCCUGGGACAGCCAAUCCCGCGGCCGCGCACGCAGCGGGUGCAUUACUAUGCCGACGACCUCCCGACCCCCGUCACGGCGAUGUCCACCGGGCACCCGUACGACCUGCGGACUAAAUCGAAAAAACGUGGAAAACAUCGGGGGAAAAACUGCAUUAUCUCAUAAUGAACACAAUCUCCUCAUUUCACAUCCUCCUAACGCGCUUGUGUGUGUACGCUUCUGCAGAGACUGACUGGACAGAUGAAAAAAAGAGGAGUGUAUGUGUGUGUGUUUUUCUGUAUCUUCUCAGAAUGCAAACUCUGGUUGUGUGGACUUUUGAACACUUCAAGAUAUGGUAUUUAGAGCAAGAUCUCCUGUUGUGCCAUUUGGGGACUCAUGACUGGUAGACGACUUCACUAGUAGACUGCCAGACAACAAACUCCUUUAAUCGAAGUGCACAGAAAAAAGAAAUGUCAUCUCUAUACAUCAGGUAUCCUUUAAUAUUUGAGAGCAGUUGCUGACAAUGGCUUUCUGUGCCAAUAUGCCCUAUUUAAUCAUGUUGUUUGUUUAAAAUAUGCAUCCUGUUUUAUUGACAAGCACAUAUGUAAAGUGUAUACUCACAAAAUUAUAGCAUACCAUCACAAAGCCGCAGAUCAGUGUUCUCUCUUGACUAAACUACAAGGGAAGUAGGCAAAGUCAUUACUUCCUCUGGUCAAAGGUCAUCACAGACACAAAUCCAGGUCAUUUAAUCUUAUAGCCAGACAGACAUGAUGUGAGAAUUGUUUUGAUUUAUUGAAAACAUGACAUGUAAGAAUUUGUUUUGGUUUUGUUUUAUAACAGGAGCAUGUUUUAUAUAUUUCAUGUUUGUAUGAACCAUUCAAAGUAUUCAAGACAUAAGGAAUAUUUUGUGCAUUGUAUAGAGACAUUGUUUCCAAUAGGAAAAGAAAGACGUCACAAUAGCACCUAGAGACUAAUUAUUUAAUAGAAUAAACUUUCAUGUAUAUUUGUUAAAUUAAAAGUUUAAUACUGCUAUUUUUUAUAUACAAGUGUGUCAAACAAUGCCUUUCUAUGUUUCUGAUGUAAAACAUGGUAAGCAAAGCUGAUGUGUUUCUUAUAAAGGGGCCAUCCAACCUCUCCUCUCUACACUUUGUUUGUAAACAUGUAAAAUAUGGCUGUACAUAGCAAUACCUGCUUCCUGGUUUGAGAAAAUUGAAAGAAAAUAUGCCUGCAAUGGUUUGCAAAAGUCUGCCCUACCCGUGUCAACAGUCAUUCUCUGACAAUAACAUGCACGUGCCUUGGGUUAAACAAAUAUUAAUAACGAUAAUAAUGAUAAUAAUGAUGAUGACAUGUAACCAUGGUAAAAAAUAUGGUGUGUAAACCACAGGUAACUAUAUUCAACUUUUUUGUUCUCCAACUUACAUGUAAUGUAAAGAGAGCUUUAAUAAAUAUUGUGCUAAACUAUC